CCAGCAUGUUGGGGGUGGGCCGGAGGGGCACGCCUGCGCAUUGGUGCUUCGCUCAGCUGUUCAUUGCAGCCUCUGGGAGUUUCCAAUGUGUCAGAUUCUGGGAGGAGGGGUACUCGACUUUGGAAUUUACAACCUCCGGACGUUCGAUUGGAACGUGGUGUUGGUAGCGCAGAGAAUGAUACACUGAGGCCGAGUUGCCUCUUCAACCGGGGCGGCUGCAACCUUCCCCCAAUCAUCCUGCAAGUCAAGACUUUUUCGUUUUAUUUUUCUUCCUAUCCUCUUACGAUCGCUUUCCAUUCUCUGCAUUCGCCAUGCUGCAGCUGGUCCCUUGUCUGAGGAGAGUUUUGCGACCCGCCCGGACUCUGGCGUGUAGCCUGGGCUCUGGAAGGAGAAGCGAAAGAUGCCCGUUCCUUCUCCCUGCCCCUUCGUUGCUGUCCUGCCGGAGCACCGUCGCCCCAGCCGCUGCUUUUUCCCCGCGCUGCUUCGGCACCCAUUCGGCCAAGGAGCCGGUGGAGCCCCUGAACACGGCGCAGGGAGCCCGGGAUUUUAUCUACAGCCUGCACUCGAAAGAGAGGAAGAGUCUGUUGCAGGAGCUCCAGAGAUUCGAGGCCAUGGCGAUGGCACAAGCAUGCCCUGGACACCGCUACCCCAGAGCCCAGAUUCCUAUAAGCAGCACGUGGAGAGAACAGGCUGCAGCAGAAGAAAUGGAAGUUAAGCCUCCGUCAUCAGCACAGCACAGAUAUGUGUUUCUUCACAGUGCGAUACCUUUCAUUGGGUUUGGUUUCCUGGACAAUGCUAUAAUGAUUGUUGCAGGGACACAGAUUGAGUUAUCCAUUGGAGUCAUUUUUGGCAUUUCCACAAUGGCAGCUGCAGCGCUCGGCAACCUUGUGUCUGACGUAGCUGGCCUGGGACUUGCAGGGUAUGUGGAGGCUCUUGCAUCAAGACUGGGUCUACCAAGUCCUGAUCUAAACCCAAAACAGGCUGAUAUGUGGCAAACACGACUUAGCUCGCAGCUGGGCAAGGUUAUAGGUGUGACCAUUGGUUGCAUCCUAGGAAUGUUUCCACUGCUUUUCUUUAAAACAGAAGAAGAAGAAAAGCUAGAAGAAAGCAAGAAUUAAAUUAACGUGCCAAUUGAUGAACUAUUUCAGCGUGUUGAAUCUGAUGUUUGCAUUGUAAAAUAAUCCUGGAAAUAUAACAGCAGCAUUUUGAUGGACAGAAGUGAAAUCUGGACAGUGAUGUAGUGGAAUAUUGACAUUAACAAGUCAAUACUUGCAAACACAUUUUUCAUGAACUCAAUGCAGCGAAACUGGUCUAUUGACGCCUUAUGGAACUUCUGUUCCACGUUUGGGGGAAAACAAACACACGCACACACUAAAUGGUUGGCUAAGUGGUCUUUGAACUCAGUUUCGUUGCAUGUCAUACUGCCUUGUUUUCCUUGAUAUAUGAUUAUUUGUUUCAAUAUAAAUUAAUUUUGUUGAGUUGUGACUGCUAAUAUUUUUAUUCAAGGAUGUAAUUUUAAAACCAAUCAUACACAUUAAUAAUACUACCAAUUGAAGGGAAAUUUGUUUUGUGUUGCAAUGUUGUCUCUAAUUCGGUUUAUGAAGUCUUAUUAUUUUUUGGGAAAUAUGACUGAACUAUAAUAUCAAAGCAGUGUAUGUGUUCACAUAACUUAGUUUCGAUUUUUGUGCACUUGAUCUUUAUAUUUGAAACAUACGUCACUCUCUUAAAUGAUAUACUUGCACCAAUGCUCGACUUAAAAGCAUCGUGCUGUAAGGUUAAAAACCAUCCCAAAGGCAUGUAGAAAUGUAACUCCAAUCUCAAUAUCUUUAGGAAAUACUUGGUGCUAAGUUUAGGAUUUAAACUGCAUUGAAUUUAUUCUGAGAGAAAGCAUGUGAAAAGUUAAAUAUUUUGUUCCAACUAAACAUCUAUUAUCUUUGUUUAGAUAUUACAUCUGUUAAUGACUGGGUUUUAAUACCUGUUCGUUAGGGUUUCCAUGUCUUAAUUUUUCAAUAGAAUUAGCUGGCGUUGAGAUUAUAUCAUGGUUAGCAACCAAAACAUAAGCAUGGGCAUCUUUGGAGGAAUAUGAUGUGGUGCUUUUGUAGUUAAAUAAUUAAAAGUUCAAGUAAUAAUAUAAUUGUCCAUGAGGUGUGAGCUGAAUCAAAUCAUUUUACUCCAGUCUAUGAAUGAUGGUUAGUGAGUGAAGAUGACUUUAUUCUCAGUGCAGUGAGCUGGCUUUUUGAAAAGUUAGAGAUAAAGAAAGAUGGAGGGACAAGUAGUGUUGAGGAAGUGGAGAGCCUGCGGAAGGACUUGAACAAUCUAGGAGUGUGGGCAAAGAAGUGGCAGACCGGUUACAAUGUGGAAAACUGUGAGGUUAUACACUUUGGAAAGAAUAGAGCUGAGGACUACAGGUUGUUCUGCUAUAACGCAACGGUUGUAUUUCUCUAUGCUAUGGAAUGCUAAGUUUUGCUAUGGAAAACCGCCAUAGGAAAUCCUGCUGUAGAAGAUCACUAAUGGAAAAUCAUACCUGUUCAGUAUAAAAGUCCCAUUAUCCAAACAAUGUUCACAAUUCGUUAAUCAUGUUAUAGCCAAUUUGUGCUGAUGAAAUGCAUGUUUAGCAGAAUGACCUGUAUUUCUGAAUGAGAAAAGGCUUCAGAAAUCUGAAACACAAAGGGACUUUGGAGUACUUAUUCAGGAUUCUUUAAUGGUAAACAUAUAUUUUCAUUUGACAGUUAGGAAGGUAAACGUGAUGUCAGCAUUCAUUUCCAGAAGGUUAGAAUCCAAAGCAGGGAUGUACUGCUGAUGCUAUGGAAGAAUCCAAUUUCAUUUGGGAUAUUGUGAGCAGCUUUGGGCUCUGUAUCUAAGGAAGGAUGUGCUGGCAUUGGAGUGGGUCCAGAUGUAGUUUAUAGCAAUUAGCCUGGAGAUGGAGGACUUAUCGUAUGAGGAAUGAUUGAGGACUCUAAGUCUGUACUUGAUGGAAUUUAGUAGCGUUGGGAUGGUGGAAAUCUCGGUAAUGCUUAGAGAAUACUGAGGGGACACUGGGAAGAUGUUUCCACUUGUAGGAGAGACUAGGAUCUGAGGGCACAGCCUCAGAGCGAAAGGCCAGUCCUUUAGAACUGAGUAAAAGAAUUCCUUCAGUCAGAAGAUGGUAAAUCUGUGGAACUUAUUGCCAUAGAAGGCAGUGGAGGCCUAGUCAAUGAGUGUGUUUAAAACAGAGAUGGAUCGGUUAUUGAUUAGUAAGAAGGUUAUGGGGGAAAAUGUAGGAAAAUGGGGUUGAGAAACAUAUCAGCUAUGAUUUGAAUAAUGGAGCAGACUCAAUGGGUCGAAUGGCCUAAUUCUGCUCUUGCAUCUUAUGACCUUGUAAUGUGGACUUGAAUACAAUGCCUACAUUGAUUUUGUCCUGAUAACCUGAAGUAAAGAGCAAAUGAAAAAUAUUGAAGAAUUUGAAAUCAAACUGAAACAUACAGAAACGGAGCUGCGGUUGCAAGUUGACUUCAACAAAACCUAACAAAAAGUAGAUCCAAAUGGUUGAGAGCAGGUUGAGCUGUUUGUCACUGGUGCAAUCAAUCAGAUUGCAAAAAGUGGCAAUUUUUAUAAACAUUUAGCCAGUGUAGAAUAUCAAAGGCAAUGAACUCCCAUUUAUUGAAGAACUGUAUUCCGAUGGAUACAAUACCAGACGAGCUGUUAAUCAAAUUGUGAACUCAUGUUUAACAGUGGCCUUGAAUCUUAUUUACGCACAGAUGCCAGUUAGUGACAAAACUGGUGUUUAAUAGUUCUGAAAUGAUCAUCUCUCAGUGUUAGAUAGCACUGAUGCAUGUUUAUAUAUACAGAAUAUGAGAGAACCUGUGAGAUUACCGAAGAUAUUAAUUUAUUGGAAUUUUGCUGCUUAUUUUUGUUUGAUUUAUUAUUAUCACGCACACUGAAUAUAGUGAAAAGUGUUCACGUGUUUUACAAGCUGAUCAUAAUUAUACAAGUGCAUCAGACUGACAGAAUAGAGUACGGGAUACAGCUGCUGAGAAGAUGCAGAGAGAGAUCAAUAUUAACAUUAAAGAUGUCCAUUCAGCAGUCUGAUAACAGCUGUUCUUGAAUCUGUUUGAAAGUUUGUACAAACUUUUAUAUCUUCUGCUUGACAGAAGAGGAUGGAAGGGAAUAUAACGGAGGUGGGAGGGGUCUUUGAUUAUGUUGGUUGCUUUCCUAAGGCAGCAGGAAGAAUAGAUGGAGUCAAUGCUAUUUCUUCUUAAACUCAGAAUAGCAGCCUAGAAACCAACACCAAUUAGUUAAGAAAUUAGAAAUAUUAUAAUUUGAUUUAAUUUCCAGGCUGCAAGACUAAGCUAUAUAAUUAAUUCUCUGUAGAAUUAUACAGAGCUUUUACCUUCACAUGUAUUCAAUCUCUGAAAUUCAACAGCUGACUUUUGUGUUUCAUGAUGAUGGUUGCCUCAUGAAAGAUUUAGCCUUCAAAUAAUAAAUUAGUGCAUAUAGAUGAGAGGUAGUUUAGAGGAAUGAAUGUAUUUACUAGAUAUUGUAGGUGGGUUUAAUAUUGAUGCCUUGUGCAUAGCCCCUAAUGAGUGGAAAACAUGAUUAGAAGUGUCCACAGUUGUAGUACUUGAGCAAAUGUCCUAUAUGUAAACAACCAGAAUUUAAAAGUCCUAAAAUGUUUGAAUAUAGAGAGACUGUUCAAGUCAUGUCACACUAUUUGCUGCAGUUCGUUUUGCCGUUAGCACUUUUAAAAGCACAAGAUUCUAACUUGAUGUAUUUCUAUAAUGAAAUUAGAUUAUCUUCUCAGACUGCAAAAUAAUGCAGAGGGACCAAAAAUAAGAAUGAAGUCUUUAAGCUUAAGUUACCUGUGUCGUGUUUUAUUGGUGGUGCAAGUGAAAUUAAGUGUAGUGCUCUUGAGAUUAGGUUUGAUGAUAGCUUGAAUAAUGGAAAGGAUUUUAGCAUUUCUAUUAACUACAGAAAUUCACUUGCAAAUAUUAAAUAUAAAAGAGCAUUCCAUUCUCCUGCAGUUGAUUGUAAUGUAUAUUGAUUACCUGUUUAAAAAUCAAUUGAAUCCAGUCAGGCUUUAUUUGCUGAUAAGAGCUUUACAUCUUGACUUCAGGAGAAAAGAACAGCAAAGAAAAGACAGUUUUAUAAUUCACGUGAACAUGAGUAUAUAGGACCAAACAGGAGUAAAUCAUUUGGCCCUGGCAACGUCUCCCUGCUAUUGAGUGAGAUCCCAGCUAAUCUGAUUGUGGUCCUGGCUCAAAUUUCCUGCCUUCACCCCAUUACCCUUGCCUUGUUUCCUGUCAAAAAUCUCAAACUCAGCCUUGAAUAACUUUAAAGAUCCAGCCUCCAAUAUCCUCUGGAAAAGAGAAUGACUUUGAGAGAAAAGUGUUCAUCUCAUUUAAUGUCUUAAAUAUGCAGCCUCAUUGUAUACGACAUAUUGCACCAAUCUAAGCUUGAACUGGAAUCAAGUUGAAAGCCUGGCUGUUUAAGAUGGUUGUAUUUUCAGAUGAAUGUAAUGGAACAAUUUUUUUAACCAGGAGAGCACUGAAUCACAUGGUACCCUUUAAUCAGCUACAAUACGACCUCCAAAAACAAUUGGAAAUAAAAAAACAGUUUGAAUCCUCAGGGGAAAAUGAAAGAUCACACUUUAAUAUGAUUGAGUAGCUCAUUGACUGUUGAUCUUGGUUAUUCAUGUAAUUUCUUCCUAGAACUUUCUAGGCUAAAGUUUCCAAGUUUUUAAUGAACAUCUUCAAUACUUCAAUAAUCGGCUUGUCCACGUUUUUAAUAAAGUUAACUUUGUUUAUAAAUGCAUGUGUUCUUUGUGUUGUGUGAAUAGUCUAACAGUACAUUGCAUGUAGUUUUCAACUUAAUAUUAAUUACAUUUGGAACUGAUUGUAAAUAUUACAAGUGUUAAACAUUUUUUGAUGUUGAAAUGUGUAAAUAAACUGUUUCAGUUCAGGAAUACUUGUUACUUUG